GGCUGCUAUGCUGUAUGUCAAGGCGGGAAAGGGAGAAAUUAGUUGAUUCACUUAUUUUGAAACGGUUGUCAACAGUAAUUCAGAGGAAUACCGCUUUUAAAAAGUUUAAGUUUCUCUUAGGUCCUGAGGCGCCCAGGCUUCGGCUCCUGGUGCCUCCCUUUGUCGCUGUAGAAACAAGAUGGCUCCCGUUUUAGAGAAGAAGCUGCUGGGCGCAGCCGGGGCUGGUGACACCAUGGAAAAUAGUGCAGAGGAUGAAGAGGGACAGAACCUUUGGUCUUCUAUUCUUAGUGAAGUUUCCACACGCUCUAGCUCUAAACUGCCAUCGGGGAAGAACAUAUUAGUCUUCGGAGAGGAUGGAUCGGGAAAGACGACACUCAUGGCGAAGCUGCAAGGAGCAGAGCACAACAAGAAGGGCCGAGGCCUUGAGUACCUCUACCUUAGUGUCCACGACGAGGACAGAGAUGACCUGACGCGCUGUAACGUGUGGAUCCUGGACGGCGACCUGUACCACAAGGGUCUGCUGAAGUUUGCGGUGUCGGGGGAGUCGGUGCGGGACAGCCUGGCGGUGCUAGUGGCCGACAUGAGCCGGCCCUGGAGCAUCAUGGAGUCCCUGCAGAAGUGGGCCAGCGUGCUGCGCGACCACCUGGACAAACUCAAGGUGCCCCCGGAGGAGAUGAGGGACAUGGAGCAGAACAUGGUGAAGGCCUUCCAGGAGUAUCUGGAGCCUGAGGACAGCAGCACUACGCCGGCGUCUCCCCAGAGGAGGGCCCCCGCGGCGGGGGGAGAGGACGAGGGAGUCCUGCUACCGCUACCAGACAACGUCCUCACACACAACCUGGGCAUUCCAGUAAUGGUAGUCUGCACAAAGUGUGAUGCUGUCAGUGUACUGGAGAAGGAGCACGACUACAAAGAGGAGCACUUUGACUAUAUCCAGUCCCACAUCAGGCGCUUCUGCUUACGAUACGGAGCGGCCUUGAUCUACACUUCGGUGAAGGAGGAGAAGAACCUGGACACCCUCUACAAAUACACACUGCACAAACUCUAUGACUUCCCCCUCACCACGCCCGCCUUAGUCGUCGAGAAGGACGCCGUGUUCAUUCCGUCCGGAUGGGACAACGAGAAGAAGAUUGCCAUCUUGCACGAAAACCUUGCCAGCUUAAGACCCGACGACCCGUUUGAGGACGUCAUCGGGAAGCCGCCAGUCCGGAAGUUGGUGCAUGACAAGGAGGUGUGUGCUGAGGAUGAGCAGGUCUUCCUCAUGAAGCAGCAGUCUCUACUUGCCAAACAGCCUGCCACACCCACUAGAGGAACGGAGUCUCCAGCGCGACCUGCCUCCGCUUCACCUCGGCCUACGGGGCGGCCCGGCCCCACCAACGUGGCCAGCGUAUCGCCCAUGACCGCCGUCAAGAAACCAGACCCCAACAUGAAGGGUGCGGCGGCUAACGAGGGAGUGCUGGCUAACUUCUUCAACAGCCUGCUGAGCAAGAAGACGGGCUCCCCCGGGGCCCCGGGCUCCCCAGGAACGCCAGGGGGCCCCAACUCCCCCGCCUCCGCCAAGAAGACAGGGCAGAAGCCAGUUUUGACUGACGUCCAGGCCGAGUUGGACCGCAUGACGCGCAAGCCCGACGCCAUGGCAACGGACAAUAGCAGCCCCCCCGCGGAGAACGAGGCCUGACCUGAAGCGACCCGACCAACGACCCAACAACACGACUGCGCUUACAACGACCCAACACGACCCGACCAACAACCCAACACGACUGCGCUUACAACACCGACCAACCAACCAACUCAACCCAACCAACCCAACAUCCCAACCAAACACAAAUACCUGGAGACACAAACAAACAAGACAAACCAAUCAAAAUAUAAGAGAAUUAUUUUAGUGUUCUAGACGGCCUGUCACACACACACACACACACACACUUACUGACAUGCAUAUGAGAAACAAAAAAAAGACAAACUAAAUCCCCCAAAGUGUAUGUCCAGUUUUGCAGCAGAGCAUCUGCUCCGGGCGGAUUAGUGGGCUGAUCCAAUAUGUUGAUAAGGAAGAGAGGAUGGGAGACUUGAGGGGAAAGAUAGGAGGGAGUGAGGGAGCGACUUCUUAUCAAAGUUAUCAACGAGGCUUAUCCGGUCCGGAGGUCAUCCUUAUUUCAUCAAUCCUAAAUUCCUCCUCCCCUCCUGUAAUUUUAUACUUUUUUGACCCUUUUGUUUUUGAGGUUUGGAAUAUGAGAAGCUGAGAGAUGGGGAGGGGAAGAGGGGAAAUGAAUCCAUUCAUAGGCAGGGAAACCAAAUCCUGUAGUCACUGGAGCUCUUUGCCAGGGGAUGGAGGGAUGUAGAGAGAGAGGGAUGGAUGGAUGGAGGGAUGGAUGGAGGGGAAGUAGUUUGUGCUCGCCUCUUUUGUCCUCCCCUCCCUUCUCCUGUUUCCUUUGUAUCUGAUGCCACCCAGCCCAGCAGCAGCUGUGAAUGCCCACCACACCACACCACAACACAACACAGCACAGUCCGGCCCAGCCCAGCAAAGCCUAGAACUAUCCCAACCUAACCUAACCUUGUCCCAGGCAUCAGGGCUGCUUAGCCCAGUCCAGCCCAGUGUACACCACACUUUCAGCACAGCACAGCUCAGCCCACCCCAGAACACCCCCUCUCCCAGAGUCCUCUAUACCCCAACACACACACACACACACACACACACACACACACACACACACACACACACACACACACACACACACACACACACACACACACACACACACACACAAGGUACAUAGUAUAUAUGAAGUCAGAUGAUCUAUUAAUACUGUUUGUAUUUAUAAAGACAUGUUUGGUUUGUUUUGUCCCCCUCCCCCCUGUCAUGUUCGGUUUCUCUCCUAAAUGGUUAAAUUUGGUCUGGAUCAGACGGGCAGGUGUUGAGCUUUAGCAUAUUUAAAUCCAUUGAUGUUAAGACACUAACUGACAUGGCCACACUCCCAUUGGCUAGUAGUCCCGAGAGCCUUCCUGUGUCAGGGCCAAUAGCGAGAGCGCUUACCUGUGUCAGGGCCAAUAAUGCGCCACCACUGCAGACCCUGUAAAUAUUACUGCAAAAAACAAAAGAAAAAGAAAAAAAAAGAAUGGAAAGAAAAGUACGCAAAUAUUUGCUAUAUGAGCUCUUUUUUUGUUUGUUUGAUUUUUGUACAAAGCAAUUGCAAUUAUUUUAGCGAAAUUAUGAAGAAGAAACUUCAGAAUGAAAUGAAAGUUAAGGUGUGAAUUGGGACGCUAUAGCACGUACGGUUGGCUGAGCUCGACAGAAGCUUCCUCUGCGACGCCACAGCCGCGGCAGGUGUGUCGUAUCGUUAAAAUAUGUGUAUUGGAGCGGAGACGGCAAGACAGGACGGCAUCUUUUUUUUCCUUCAAAACGAAACAAAUAAAGCCUACAACUAACUCCCCAAGUGCCUGGCACAUUGCCCCCUGGCUGUGUCCUAUAGCAGAGGUGCUGGGCUAGCGGAGAGGGCUUGCACUGUAGAACAAGACAGUAAUGGGGUUCUCUUGUCGUUUUGGUCCACAUUGGCUUCCAGUUAAUUUAUUUUUUUUCGUUUUCAUUUGUUUUGUAUUACCUUAACGUCUGUGGUCAUUUGCUUAAUUAAGAGGUUUUUCUUUUCUUUGUUUUUUUUUGCUUCCAUUGGUAACGUACAGUACAGUAGGUGAGCAAUAGGGAGCAUGCCUUCUUGUUUUUCUUUUUCGUUUUCUUGUCGUUUUCAACUAGUUGAUAAUUAGAGGAGUGUGGCAAAUCGGGGCUGUGAAUUGCACCAGCGUUACAAACAGCUAUAGAACCAACCUGUGUGUCCAAGGCAAAUACCCACCCACCUGUGUGUGUGUGUGUGUCUCCACCUACUUGCUAAAUGUCGAGAUGUUUUCAGGCGAGGCCACGAGGAGAGGAGAGGAGGGUGCAUCUCUGUUAGCUGUUUUUUGUUUGUUUUUUUGUUUUGUUUUUUGAAAGAAGUGGCUCUCUCUUCAUCCACGAAUGAAACGAAAUGAAAGAUGACAUGUUAUUGUGCUCUUUUACUCAAAUCAAAAUGUUGCUUUUAUAUGCAUAUAUAAAUAUAUAUUCAUGUUUAUCUAAACAUCGCUGUUAUUGCAGUUUGUGUUGAACAGAAGACAUUCCCGGCUCUACACCACAUAUAGAUGUAGUAUAGUACUGUAGAUAUAGCUGUGUGUUCCCAUCUGAAGACUGCUCUUGACUGCAGUGCAGUGUCCUAUUCUGCCUUGUGUGGCCCGCGUGUGUGUGUGUGUCCUUGUGUGUGUGUCCUUGUGUGUAUGUCCUCUCUCUCUUUCUCUCUCUCUCUUUCUCUCUCUCUCUCUCUCUCUCUCUCUCUCUCUCUCUCUCGUGUGGCUGUUGCUGUGUCUGUGUGUCUGGUUGAUCCUCCAUGCCUUUGCCUUGGGUGUAGUAGUCUCCGCCUGCUCCCCCCCCCCCCCUUCUCUGUCUGGACUCAGGGUACGGCCUUAACCUAGAGCCUCUGUUGCAUGCUCUUCUUUACCCUACGACACACUCUCAUCUCUACCCUACACCCCUCUCUCAUCUCUACCCUACACCCCACUCUCAUCUCUACCCUACACCCCACUCUCAUCUCUACCCUACACCCCACUCUCAUCCACACCCCAAACCCCACUCUCAUCCACACCCCAAACCCCACUCUCACCUCUACCCUACGACACACUCUUCUCUACCCUACACCCCACUGUCACUUUUACCCUAUGGCCCACUGUUAUCAAUGCCCUAUGCCAUCUGCUAUGCCCUCUGACUUUUACACCGUGCAGCUACGCCUGUGUCCCCUGUGCCAUGCCGCCACUUUUGUGCCCCCUGCCCUAUGCCCUAUGCCUUCAGUCUUUCUGCAUCAUGCCACUACUGUAUCCCCUGCCCCGUGUCCUUGGCCCUAUGACCUAUGCCCCAUGCUGACCUAUGACCUAUGCCCUAUGCCUUCCGUUUUUCCGCAUCAUGCCACUACUGUAUCCCCCUGUCCUAUGCCCUUUGCCCUAUGAUCUAUGACCUAUGCCCUAUGCCCCCUGCUCUAUGCCCCCUGCCCCAUGCUCUAUGCCCCAUGCUCCCCUAUGACCUAUGCCCUAUGCCCUAUGCCUUCAGUUUUUCUGCAUCAUGCCACUACUGUAUCCUCCUGCCCUAUGCCCUUUGCCCUAUGACCUAUGAAAUAUGCCUUCAGCUGGUGUUCAGCAGCUUCCACAUCAUGGCUGUGCUCUUCUCUUCUCUCCUCUCCUCUCCUCCUGUCUAGUGUGAAGCCAGACGCCACUCCAUUUCUAACCGCACGCUCACUGCAGAACAGCAAGCAUAACUUGCCCCUGCCAUAUGUGUUGGGCGUGUUUUGGUAUAACGCGUUGACAGACACCAGUCUUAUCCUCCUCUGCUAUGUCCUGUUCAUUCGAACAGUCUCCCGUGUUAAAUUCCUCCUUCACCACUCCGCUUGCCUUUUUGUUCAAGAUUUGCACUGUAACCUGACAGUGCAGCUACAGUGUGUCGCUUCUUAAGUAGGACAACCACUCGGACAGAAAAACGAAACCUCUGAGAAUUUGGAACCAAAGACAUUGAUCCCCACGCCUGUCGUAGAGUGCCUGUAGCACCUGUGUAGCGUAGCGUCCCGUCAGCCUCCUGCAGUACCUUUAGUCUGCAUCUCUAGGACAACCCUGGCAUUCCGAAAUGGAGUGUGUGCCUCCCUCCGGGGGUGCUCUGGAACUUAACUCCGUCUCGGGAGCCUUGGGGUUCCGUUCUGUGUCGUUUGAGCUCUUUUUCUAUUGGGAGAAAGCGACCAAAACCACACAAUGUGCAGUGUCUACUACUUUUGUUUUUUUUUUCUGCCCCCCACUUUUUUCUCCUGAAAACGGAAUAAUCAGUAGGUAGAAAGGUAAUUUCAGAAAAUGAGUACAGUCAAGGUAGAAUUUCACCUGGGCUCUAUUCCUUUCUUUUCUGUUGUAAUCCAGUUGUACUGUUGUGAUCCAGUCACAAUGCGAUGCGAUGCAUUUAGCAGUCCUGACCUGCACCAUGUGCCCGUGUGCCAUUCUCUCUGAUUGUCAAGCACAACAACACUGUAACAUUUGGACUGUGUGCUUUCAUGUUGGUUUCAAUGCACCUGAUUUGGCCAGAGUCUUAUCAGCCCCUCCAUUCAGCUACGUACAGAGUUGAAUGCCAGUGAAAUGCCGGAAAAAAACACCCUGCUGUUUGCUCUUUGGUAAUCUAUUGAUGAAAUAAAAAUCAAAUGCACUUCACACUUCACAUUUUUAAUUAUUAUUUCUUUGUGUUUGCCAUGUAAAAACAGGUGUCCAUGGUUGAGGGGGU